AUGGACGGUAACAGCAGCGAUUACUACGAGCCCAGGAAGGAACGGAACAAGAUGACGCGCAGCGACGACGAGGGCGUCUACCACCAUGACGCGGAGAUGAUGGGUGCAGUGGACGCCCAUCUACUAAACACCUCCGUCCAGAACAUCUCGUGGGAGGGCAUCGAGGUCACCGUCAAGGACAGGGAGACCAAGCAACCCAAGAGCAUCGUCCAUCGUGUUGACGGGCUCGUCGAGGCUGGGGAAAUUUGCGCCCUGAUGGGACCCUCGGGCUGCGGCAAGACGACCCUCCUUAACGUCCUCGCCGGACGUCCCACCAAUGCUUCCGGUGUCGAGGGCUCCGUGCUGGUCAACGGCGUCAAGCCGUCCCGCUCCGAGUUCCGCCAGAUAUCCUGCUUCGUCGAGCAGGAAGACGCCCUCAUCGGAUCCCUGACCGUCCGCGAGACCCUGCUCUUCACCUCGCGCCUCUCGAGCACCAGCUCCCUCCCCCGCAGGGAGCGUCUCGCCAGGAUCGACGGGCUGCUGGCCUCGUUCGGUCUCAACGACCAGGCCAACACCAUCAUCGGCACGCCCAUUCGCAAGGGCAUCUCCGGAGGCCAGAAGAGGCGCGUGGGCGUCGCUAGCCAGCUCAUCACCAGCCCCAAGAUCAUGUUCCUGGACGAGCCUACCAGCGGACUGGACUCUGCGGCCAGCUACGAGGUGAUCAGCUACCUCAAGAAGGUCGCCCGACGAAGCAACCUCAUCGUCAUCGCAUCGAUCCACCAACCCUCAACCUCGACCUUCAACCUCUUCGACAAGCUCAUGCUCCUCUCGGGCGGCAAGACGCACUACUUUGGCGGCGUCGACCGCGUCGUGCCGUACUACGAGUCCAUGGGCAUGCCCAUGCCCGUCCAGGUCAACCCGGCCGAGCACCUUCUCGAGCUCGUCAACGUCGACUUCGUCAAGGACAAGCGCCAGGCCGCCGCGCGGCUGCAGGCGAUGCACGAGGCCUGGAGCGAGUCGGGCUCCGCGCGCGACCUGAAGACGGCCAUCGCCGACGCGCAGCAGAAGAGCAACCCCGUCGUGCUGAGCGACGAGGAGAAGAAGCCCGGGCUGCCCAGCCUGGUGCUCACGCUGCUUCACCGGAGCUUCAUCAAGAGCUACCGUGACGUCGUGGCGUACGGAAUCCGGUUUGCCAUGUACACCGGUCUUGCAAUCAUGAUGGGCACGGUCUGGGUCCGCCUCUCCACCAGCCAGGAAUCCAUCAUUCCCCUGACCAACGCAAUCUUCUUCGGCGGCGCCUUCAUGUCCUUCAUGGCCGUCGCCUACGUCCCCGCCUUCCUCGAAGACCGCUCCCAGUACGUCAAAGAGCACCACAACGGCCUCUACGGCGCCACCGCCCUCCUCAUCUCCAACUUCCUCAUCGGCCUGCCCUACCUCUUCCUCAUCGCCCUCAUCUUCUCCGUCAUCUCCUACUGGCUCUCCAACUUCCGCCCCGCCGCCGACGCCUUCUUCGUCUGGACAAUGUGGCUCUUCCUCGACCUCCUCGCCGCUGAGUCCCUCGUCGUCUUUUUUACGUCUCUCUUCCCUUCCUUCGUCAUCAGCCUCGCCCUCGUCGCCUUCGCCAACGGCCUCUGGAUGUCCGUCAACGGCUUCAUGGUCAGCCCCACCAUCCUCAACUCCUUCUACAAGUACGUCUUCCACUACUGGGACUACCAGAAGUACGUCUUCGAGGGCAUGAUGCACAACGAGUUCGCCAAGCGCGUCUACGACUGCGGGAAAGGGUGUCAGUGCAUGUACCGCACCGCGCUCGAGGCCCAGUGCAAGAUUGCCGGGCAGGGCGUCCUCGACACGUACGGAUACACCGAGGAGCACUUUGGGCGCAACAUCGGCAUCAUGAUCGGCAUCAUUGCCGGGUACAGGAUCGCCGCGUGGAUUGUGUUGAAGAUCAAGAAGAACUGA